UGUUGUUGUUGUUUACCCACAACUGUCAGUUGGACCGAGCGGACGGACGUCUACAGGAUCCCAAAGAUGGCGGCUACUGGAGGAAGAGGAGAUGGCGAGAAGGAGAGAGGAAAGAAGAUGAAGAGAGAAGAGGAGGACGAGGAGGAGGAGAAGAGAGGAGAUGAGAGGAAGAAGAAAGAGGUGAGCGAGGAGCUGAAGAGAGGAAAGAAGAGGAAGAGAGAAGAGAGCGAGGAGGUGGAGAAGGAGAGAGGAGCGAAGAGGAAGAGAGAAGAGGAGCGCGAGGAGGAGGAGAAGAGAGGAGAUGAGAGGAAGAAGAAAGAGGUGAGCGAGGAGCUGAAGAGAGGAAAGAAGAGGAAGAGAGAAGAGAGCGAGGAGGUGGAGAAGGAGAGAGGAGCGAAGAGGAAGAGAGAAGAGGAGCAUGAGGAGGAGGAGAAGAGAGAAGAGGAGAGGAAGAAGGAAGAUGAGAGCAAGGAGGGGAAGAGAGGGAAGAAGAGGAAGAGAGAAGAGGAGAUCGAAGAGGAGGAGAAGAGAGGGAAGAAGAGGAAGAGAGAAGAGGAGGAAAAGAGAGGAGAGGAGAGGAAGAAGGAAAAGGAGAGCGAGGAGGAGGAAAAGAAGAGGAGAGGAGAGGAUGCCAGAGUAUUGGAAGAUGAGGAGUCAAGACCAGGCACCAGUCAGGCCCCCGGAACAUCAAGCAAAUACCCCAAAUUUAACAUCAAACACCUUACUGUCCAUCAGGUAUUGGGUAGGGGCAGCUUUGGAGUGGUGGGCCUGGCAUCAGUCCCCGGCCGAAACAACUACGUCGCCAUCAAAGGUAUCACCAAAACAGCGGACAAUGCAGCAAUCCUACAGAGAGAGCGACGGAUACUCCUGCUGGCCCGAGACUGCCCAUUCCUGUGUCACCUGUAUGCUGCACAGCAGUCUCAGGACCAUGCCUUCUUCAUCACCGAGUACCUGUCCGGCGGCAGCUUGGAGGAUUUACUCAGAGUGUACAGCAGUCUAAACAUCGAAAUAGUAAGAUUCUUCACAGCAGAGAUUGCAUGUGGCCUCCAUUUCCUUCACAGACAGAACAUCGUCCACCGAGAUAUCAAGCCAGAUAACAUCAUGCUGGAUCGAGAUGGACACAUCUGCAUCAUAGACCUCGGACUUGCCCAAGAUGGCGUCACCUCCUCCAACAAGAUCCAAGGAGUGACGGGCACAUUACUUUACAUGGCCCCAGAGGUGCUCCAGAGGAAGAGUUACCAUGCAGCGGUUGACUGGUGGAGCCUGGGGAUUGUUGUAUCCCGGAUGUCAGCAGGACGUUCCCCAUUCUACUUUGGCUGCGACAGAGAAAUGGCUCGCGAUUCCAUCACCAGAGAGAAGCCUAAUAUUCCAUCUUGGCUCCCUGCUGACCUGAAACAUCUGAUCCAACAACUGCUGCACAAGAAUCCUGAGAAGCGGCUGGGUGUGAACAGGAACAUCAGAGACCAUCCAUUCUUCACCACCAUCAACUGGGAGGAACUGGAGCAGAAGAGAGCACAGCCGCCAUUUACACCAUCCGAGGCAGCUCUGAAGAAGGGAGACCUGCGGUGGUCAGAGGUAGAGACAGCUCUUCACCCCUUGGAAGGAUUCUCCUUCAUAGCUCCAAGCUGGGAAUGGUAAGAUCAGCCCACGGCCCAGAGCUCUGUACCAUCUGAGUGCUGCACCCAGGAGCGGCCUGUGCUUGUAACACCUCAGCACAGACCUGGUAAGUAUCACACAUCAUCACACAUACAUUAGGAUCACACACAUACAGGUAGAUAGAAAUAUACACACAGGUACAUAUAUAGAUAGUAUAGACACAUACACACACACACACAACAGAUAGGGGUAGAUAUCGGCUCUGAUCCUGGGACUUGUUCCGAUCGCCAUAUUUGGGGUCAGGAAGGAAUUUUUCCCCUUUGAGGACAAUUGGCUUAUUCCUCAAGGUUUUUUUUGCCUUCCUUGGGAUCAUCUCAGCCAUAAAUAGGUCAAGUAUGAUAAAUCUUUAAUUUAUUACUAAAUAUUCCCACAAAUAAAAUAAUAUAAAAAUAAAUUAUAAAAAAAAAGGUAUAGCAUAUAAAGUAUUUAUAAUAGAGGUGCACCGAAAUGGAAAUUUCAGAACCGAAACGAAACCGAAAUAAAAAAAAUGUCCAACCGAUGCCGAAAAUGACUUCUCCCCGUCUUCUGGUAAAAUGCAGCGCUCCGCCCCGCAAUAGUAGGCAGCUCCCCCGCAAUAGUAGGCAGCUCCCCCGCAAUAGUAGGCAGCUCCCCCGCAAUAGUAGGCAGCUCCCCCGCAAUAGUAGGCAGCUCCCCCGCAAUAGUAGGCAGCUCCCCCACAACAGUAGGCAGGUUCCCAAAUUAGGUCAGCAUUUCCCCCACAAUAGUAGGCAGGUUCCCCACAAUAGUAGGCAGCUCCCCCCCAACAAUAGUAGGCAGCUCCCCCACAAUAGUAGGCAGCUCCCCCACAAUAGUAGGCAGCUCCCCCCCAACAAUAGUAGGCAGCUCCCCCACAUUAGGUCAGCAUUUCCCCCACAAUAGUAGGCAGGUUCCCCACAAUAGUAGGCAGCUCCCCCCAACAAUAGUAGGCAGUUCCCACACAAUAUUAGGCAGCUCCCCCCACAUUUUUAGGCAGCUCCCCCCCACAUUAGGUCAGCAGUUCCCCCACAAUAGUAGGCAGGUUCCCCACAAUAGUAGGCAGUUCCCCCACAAUAUUAGGCAGCUCCCCCCACAUUUGUAGGCAGCUCCCCCCCCCACAAUAUUAGGCAGCUCCCCCCCACAAUAUUAGGCAGCUCCCCCCCACAAUAUUAAGCAGCUCCCCCCCCCCACACAAUAUUAGGCAGCUCCCCCCAACAAUAUUA